GAGGCGCAGAGCCCGAGAAGUAUACAACACAAUUGAGCUCGUUGGCUCAGCUGUUUUUUUUCUGUCUUUGAUUUGUGAUAGUUAGAGUUAUUAAAAUAAUCCGAACCAUUUAAGAAACCACGGAGAGACAUUCACACAAAAACAGUUCGCAUAGUUUCUUUCGGUUUUGUUUUUUUUUUUUUUCAUCAAUUCAAAAUAUACAUGCAAAUUUGUCUCGAUGCACCGUUUUUCUUUUCUUCGUUCAUUUUCGCAAAAGAAAAUCCGCAAAUGAAUUAGAAACCAUAGAAUCGACUACAUUAUUGAAUUAGUUGAAAUCGGGUAAACACUCACAGAAAAAAAAGUGAAGUUUUCGUGAAACAGAGAGACUAUCGCCUAACCACGGAAUAGACAACAAGCGAAAAGAAAACGACACAUACGACGAAGAAGAAAAAAAAAACCUAGGAAAAAUUCAUAUUUUGAGAAGAUUGUACGGAAUCGACUCAAACGAAGAAGAAAGAAGAAAAAAACACAGACACACCAACCAUAUAAAAUAGAAUGUGUUGAAUUUGAAUUCCUAAGACUGAGUUUGUGAAAGAAAUUAAUCGAAUUGUGUUUGAAUAUCGUGGACCCUUCGGAAAAAGCAUAAAUGGAUUCAUUUCUUUGCUGAUUUGGAUGAUUAAAAGACUGAGUUCUUGCAGCCACUACCCUUUUGUAUAUGUUAUACGUAUUUAUAUGUAAUAGACGAACAUAAAUAUAAGUGAAUUAUAUUUCGUAGUUUUCAUUUCAUCGAUUUUGCAUAAACGCUCCUGACAAAAACCACCACACCACCACCACCACCACCAUCACCAUCGCCGCCACAAUAAUAAUAACAACAACAACAACAGCAACAACAAACAACCAUAACAAUCUACCAAGAAAUGUUGUGUUUGAGUGCGUCGAUGGCAUUUCUUCAAUAGUUUUUAAAUACAUCAAGAAAAGCAGCUUAACAAGAAUUAUGACCAAAAGCGCGCUGCAGAACGUGGCGUCGAAGUAGUGUGUAUAUGUGUGAUACUUGAAAAAUAAUCAGAAUAAUAAAUUUAAAGUAACAGAAGCGAAAGAAAAAAAAAAUAUUAAGAGCAUAUUAAAUUGGCUUCUCAAAUAUAUUGCUAAAUAGAUAAACACGAGCACGACCAACCAACAAAGAAACGAAAAAAGCAAAAGCAACGCAAAAAAGGAAAGCAUAUUCGCCGAAUGCACGGAAAAAGAAACGAAACGAAACCAAUCGCAAAAGAUUGAUAGAAAAGAAAAAAAAUAUAAGCGCAUUGCUUGAAGUUUACAUAUUCCAACGUGAAAUGUGCCAAUUAUUUAAUAAUUUUACAUAUAAUUAAAGAAAAUAGUUUGAUUUUAGUGAACAAAGUAACAAAAAAAAAAUUAAUAAAUUGAAGUAAUAGAGAAAAGAAAUAGUGUUUUGAAAACGGGCGAAUCGAUAUAAUUGUCGACUGCAACAUACCAAAAAAAAAAUAGCGGAGAAGAUAAUAAUAAAGGGCAAUUACGUUCACGAGACAAAAUAAGCAAUUCUUUAAAGUGUGAAACGAUACGCGGUGUGAAAUCGGUGCGAUCAAUUCUUCGCGAGCCAAGAAAGAAAUUAAUCCAAAAAAAAAGAAUAAACCGAAAUAAAAUAGUAACCAAAUCGAAAGCUGUGAAUUUUCUGGAUAUCGUCGCUGCCAUUGGUGCGGAAAAAAAGAGUAUAAAUCAAGUAAAUCGUGUGUGCACGAACAAAGUGCGGAUAUAGUCUCGUGAUAGAUCCAUUAUAACAAAAAUUGGUUGGAAUAGAUAUUUUGUAAGAUGGCAAUGACUGCGUGCUACUCAAAUUAUGGCCUUCUGGGUGCGGUGUCACAGCAACGUCAACGGCAACAGCUUCAAUCACACCAGCAAGCACAACAGUCCCAACUGAUUCCGAUUCCACAGCCAUCGCGAAUGCAAUCGGCACAGGUUCCACAGAAAGAUUUUAGCGUUCCAUUGCACGUUGACUGCAGCGUAGAAUAUGAGUUACCAAAUCAAGCGAAGCCACCGCCAGGCGCUCGCGUCGAACCACUGCUAUUGAUGAUACAUCCCUGUUAUUUUCGUAAAAUAGAAAGCGAACAACGGCGUUCGCCAUUCAUAAACAAUAUGCCGAAUUCGUCGCGAAAUUCAACACAAAGUAGACGAAGUAGUCGAAAUUCUCAGCAAAUCACACAAACAUCAUCGUACUCAUCAGUGGCGGUGGCGGCGGCGGCGGCGCAACAUCAGCAGCAGCAGCAACAAAGCCAAUCACUGCACCAUAAUCCAAAUCAAAAUCAUAAUCACAACAGCCACAGCCACAAUCAUCAUUCUCAGUCGAUGGAACGCCAAAAAUUAGAACAAAAUCCUCAACACCAUCAGCAACGUUCGCUGUCGUCACAACAGGCCACACAGCAACAAAAGAUGUCUCAAAUGUCGCAACAGGCGUAUUACCCGGCCAAUAGCAACAAUAAUAAUCCUCCUAGUAUCAAUAAUUCUAAUACAAACAAUCCAAAUAGUAAUGAUAGUUCGCUUGCUGACAUACGGCUGUGCUUAGAUAACUGGGAACAUAGUCAAAUGGCGGCCGUGCCACGGGAUUUUCAAGCUGGUCUACCCGACGCCACACCGAACAAUAGCUACCGUGACGACAAAUUGAACGCGUUAAACGGAAAAUAUCGGCAAUAUUUACGUUCACAUCGGUUGCAUCCAUAUUUGAUGGCCUCUGCCACGGCCUUUCCUCAACUCACAUCAUCCGUAUUCCACUAAAUAAUCCGAUGGGCGAUUGCAUAAUUGAAGGACUGCUCUCGAAAACAACCAACGACCACACAUCAAUCUCAUCUCGUGUUUCAUCAUUUCGUUUUGCUGACGACGCUGAUGCAACAACACCAACAACAACAACAACAACGACCACAAAAAAUGCAUGACACACUCUCAUCUGGUGAACGAUGGUAUAAACAACCCGAAAUUCCACAAUCGAGGUAACGAACAUACAGAGCAACAAAACUGAAUAACAUACACACAAUAUACAAACAUAAAAAUGCAGGAUACUAGAAAUAUAUAAAAGAAAAAAACAAAUUUAAUAAUUAUGUGAGGGUAAUUUUCCAAUGCCCCCACCGCCACACUCACAUACAAAAAAAAACAAACAAACAAAUUACGUGUAUAUUUUAUGAAUGGCAAACUCAAGAAAUGAUUUAACAGAAAACAGAAAAGACGAGAAUUACAAAUUGAUAGAAAAAGUCGCAAAAGUGAAAUUAGAACAUGUAAAUUGCAUAUAGAGUUACAAGAAGGAAGAAAAAACAAAUCAUAGCAAUCGAUAAUGUUUUGUAAAGCCAAUUUCAUACAUUGUGCUGUAAUUACCGAUGAUUUACAUAUUGUUCCACCAUAUAUUCAUUUCAAAAUACCAAUUCACUUAUUAACGUAUUGUAUUCAGCAAAUCAAAAUGAUCAAACUGACAUUCCUUCCUGAUUGCAAACAGCAAAAAGAAUUAACAAAACGAAACAACAAUAAAAAAAAGCAUGAUAGAGAAUGAAAGAAAAAAAAAACACACAAAAAAUUUUAACGAACGAAAAAAAGCAAAUAGACAAAAAAAAUAUUAGAAAAAAAGUUCUAAUGUGGUGUAAUGCGUUUACGUUUUAUGUGAGUAUAAUCAGCUUUCAAAAGUAGGCAGCUUACCUAAGAUUGAAUAUUUAAUUGAUAAAUCUACUACUCUAGCCUAUAGUGAAAUGAUGUUUACUAUCAGUUUAAGAAUCGUAAAAGCAGUUAGUGCCCUUGCCAUCGAAAUUCCUCAUCAAACACAAAUUCCAUGUAUUCGAUGGACAUGGAGCGCAAAAAAAGAGAACGAAUCAAUCAGGCAGACCAUUUUGUUUCUUUUAUUAUUAUUUUUUUGUUCUCUUAUUUUCGUUUCUUUUUCUACUUCUUCUUAAUCUUCUCUCGUUUUUUUUAUUAUUUAAUUUUUUUUCGAAAUGAUCAUCAUCAAUGAACCGAAAAUAGAACUACAGCAAAUAAGCAAAUUAUUCUGAAAUACGAGAGAUAAUAAUUGUACAAUGAUCAUGAAAAUGAAAGAUGAAGGUACGAAAAAGAAGCUGACCAAAACGUCAAUCAUCAACAAGAAGAUGAAAAACAUGAUUUUUUUCCUGUUCUGUUUUAGUUGCAAGAACCCACAUAAUUUUUUAUUCUUUUUAUUCUUGUAUUAUCUGUGUUUUAUAUAUAUUUAGGAAAAUGAAGCAAAAAAAAAAACAACAAAACUUUAAAACCAAUUCAUAUUACCUACAUUCAAACACAACUAAUAACAAAUAGAAAACCAAGCAAAGGAAAUAGAAAUCAGCGAGAGAAAGAGAUAAAAAAUAAUAAUGAAUAAAAAAAACAAAAACUGAACUGAACUGAAAAAUAAAAUGAAAAAAAAACGUUGAAAUCAACAACAAAUACAGUGAACUCAAAAUCAAGCGGACCACCCUCUGUCCCGAGCCCAUUUGAUUCACACAUACCGGGUGAACCAAAUUGAACAAUUGAAUUACAUUGUGGUCCGCACAUAAUUAAAUAGGCAAAGUCUUUUGUGCUCUCGCUCUUGCUCCUAACUAUGCGACAAUUCCCAUUGUAUUUUAGAUCGCUAAAAACUUUGUUAUCGCAAAACGCAAAAUUGUAGCAUUCAAGAAUCAGUGGUAGUUGAGUAACAAAUGAUAGAAAAGAAGGGAAAAAAAGCGAACAGCAACAAUAACAGCAAAACAAGCCAUGCUUUCAAUUACACCAUCGAAGCAUUGUUGAAUUGAUAUGUGUUUGCGCGUUCGAUGGAUUUGCUGCAGCCAUUUGGUGCGCUCCAAGGUUGGUCUGCUACGUCAAGAGUUCACUGUAUGUAGGGAGAGAAGUAAAAUAUGAAAAACAAAUUAUAAAACAAAACCAACACACUCUAAAAGUUAAAAGUAACAAAAGAAACAAAAAACAUCAACAACAAAUGGAAAAGGAUGAAAGAAAGAAAAGAAAAACAACAACAACAACAACAACAACAACAACCAUACAUACAUACAUACACAAACUUUGAGCAACACCAAGCUGCGUUGCAUUUAAAUGUGAUAUUAGAUUUAUUUCAACUAAUAACAAAUGAAAAGAAACAAAGCAAACAAAAAAAAAUUAUUAAAAAAUUAUUAUUGCUAUUACGAAAUACAUAAAAGUUCUGGGCAUUACACGCAAAAUAAAAGAAGAAGAAGAAAAACAAAACCAUCAAGGCAACAUAAAAUCGUAUGAUUUGAAAAUUCAACCACAACCACAAUUCAAAUUUGACAACAAGAGCGAAAGAAAAAAUAACAACAAUUUUUUUUUCUUCCGAUUUAUAAAACCAACAACAAAACACACUCACACACACAUAUACAUAUAGAUACACAAGUGAACAUAGAAAGCGAUUUGUAGAAAUUUAUAUAAAUAUAUCGUUUAAAUCAAAAAAUAAAGAAAAUCAUAAUUGAACUAAAAAAUUUAAAAAAAAAUAGCGACUUGAGCGGAUGUUUUUUUUUUCAAAUCUUUAUCUUAGCUGCUUCUGAACCAUUUUUCAGAUUUGCCAUUCUUUGCCGCAAAAGAAAUUUCUUACUGUAUUGUCUUCUGUCUUUUUCUUCUCUCUCUCUCUCUUUCUCUCUCUCUAUUCUUCGGCAAACUUUUUUCCGUCUUCUGUUGACUAUGUAGCUGAGCCGUUAUGUGGCCAAUUCUUAGAGAUUGGUGGAUAAAAAGAAGGGAGAUAACAUUCUUUCUUUCGAUGAUUAGGCAAUUGUUAUGAAGAAGAAAAGUUUUGUCUCUGGUAUUCAAAGUUUCCUAUGAACGACACACACUAACAGGAUUUAAGAAGCAGAAGCAUCACAUUUGUUCAUAUAUAUUCAUGCGUUUGACAAAACGACGGCAAACGGCAACUAAUUUGCCGUCGGCUGUGCCAUUCCGUCGUCAACAUCUAUCUCGUACGUUCACAAAAAUAUUUCACAGAGAUUUCAAACAAAAAGCGACCGAGAAAAAAAAAACAACGCACAGCCCAAAACGAACGAACGAACGUAGAAAAAAAAAACACAUUUUUAUUCAACCAAAGAGACAGAAGCAUUUUAAAAUGUGUGUGCGUUUUUUUUCUCCUCUCUUCUGCGUUCAACACAAACGAUUUCUGGCUUUUAUUUGUUACAACAUUUUAAAUCGAAAUGAUCUGCGUCUGCAUUGUUUCGAAAAAAUAAAAAAAUAAAACUUUUUCGAUUGGAAUGGAAUUUGCAGUAGCUAUUUCUAUAUCGAAAUUCGAACAGAAACGGAUACACCACAAAAACAUGCUUAUUUGUAGUGAGUAAAUGGCACAUGAAGCACGGUUUGUGUGGAAUGUUCUUUUCUCGCAUUUUGGGAUGUGUGGUGAAAAGAAAAUUUCAUUGUAAGGUCAUUGCUUACUAAGUCCGAAAUAGUGAACAAUUGCGUCCAAAAAUCAUUAUCCGUACGAAAACCUUUUUUCGCUCUCUCUCUCCCUCUCUCUCUCUCUCUCACUCUCUCACUCACUCUUGAUCGUCACAGAGAGUAUAUAAAAGAAUUGCCGAAAAAAAAACACACGAAAACAUGAGACGAAUACAACGCGCGCGGCAGGAAACCGAAAAAUGCUGCAAAGACAAAUAACUAAAUUCACAUUUUUAGACCCCGAUAAGAAAUCAAAGAGAACAAGAAAGCGAAAAAGAGAGAAAAAAAAUUAGCAACAAGUGAAACCAGCAGCCAAACUCAAAGCGAACGUACGAAAACGAAAUGAAAUAAGAGGAAAAAUUGAAAUCUAGCACCUAAUAUCCAAAAACUGCAAUUAUAUGUGGACAGUAAAUGUUUCUCGCUCUCUCUCUCUCUUCUUCGAAAUGAUAUUAGUGCCGAAUGUCUCGCAAGACUAACAAUUGCUGAAAGAGAAUUAACAAAAAUUCAAACAAUUUUUAUUGCAGUGGAAUGGCAAUGGCAGGAAAUAAUAUUAUUUGAAUGGUUUAUGAAAUACAUGUACGAGCGAACGAGAGAGCAACGCGCAUACCGAAAAACAUUGCGAGUUGGGAAAAAAACGUAUAUAUAUAACAGCAACGCUAUUAAUUGCAUCUCUAGUGAUGCAAAACAGAAGCGACAAUAUUACCAACAAUAAAAUGUACAUCACGUCUAAACAAUAAUUUCCACCAGCCAAAUAUAGAUUGAGCACGGAGAGAGAAAGAGAGAGAGACGGAAAGAGACGGUCAUAUCCGAAGGGAAAGACAAGCCAUAAAAGAGAUAGAGCAAGACAGACAAACAACAAUAUUAACAUUAACAGCAACAACAAAAACAACAUCGUCGUCGUCGAACAUCGACGACGACGACGACGUAGGAAAAAAAGAGAGUAUAUAUACUGAGCAUUAAAAACGAAAACGGUUCUUUUUUGCCAUUCGAUACAUUCAUAGUUACGACAGACUGACAUCGAAAACGAUUGCCAUCAGAAAUUUUAGAAUUCAAUGGUGAACAAUAGUGAUAUUUUCAGUGUGCAUGAGAUUCGGCGCAUAGAGCCGGGCGUGGUACAGCUGUUUUUACUCAAUGGCACAUAGCGAUUUUCAUCAUCGCAUCAUCGUCAUAUGCUCUUUAAAAAAAAAUAAUACACGAGAUUCAAACGACGAGAGUAAAUUGCAACCGAGUUGAGUGAGAGUGGCCGGUAAGCAUCGAACCGCAGCGCAUCGCGCGCUCGCUUCACCAUCACCGAAAGCCCGAAAACCAAAAAAGGGGAGUAAGAUAAAUGGAUUAUUUGUCAGAAUUAACAACGAAAAAUACUUCUUUUUUUUUCUUCGUUUCGGCAUGUAUAAUGGAAAAUUGGCUUGGUUGAGCUGCCAACAAGCUGCUUUGCACUCGCUUUUGAUAGGCAGUUUUGUGAAACGCUUAUCACUUAUUACAUAUAAUUUCAUUUAUGACUUAUUCCACGCACCUACCCAGGCACCCGACUCAGAAGAGCCUUCACACACGACAGUGUGCCCAAGACAAAAGCCGCUCAUUCACAGCGCACACACACACAUACACUUCUUAAUGUUCGCUUUUCGAAUUUCAAACUCACUUAUAAUUGGCUAUCGUUAAAUAUUUUAUCGGCAUGAAUAGUAGGAAUAUCGUUAGAACGGGUAUACUCGGCAUGCGUGUAUUUGACGCAUUCAGUUAUUAUUUCGUCCCCAAGACGAGCGUCGAAAGAAGAAGAAGAAGAACAAGUCGAAAUGAAAAAAAAACAUACAGUGGAAACAAUGUAGGCGACAAUACGCGAUGUGUCUUUGAGUCCAUUGACUAUUUAAAAAGCAAUGAGUCUGUCUUCUCUAUUUUGACUUUGGUUAAAACAUUGGGUCUGCGUUUUUCUAUUAAUCUUCUUUCUUUCAACCUAACAACAGACUGAAUUAAUUCAAUGAGGCAAUCAAAUCAAAAUGUUUUCUGAAGAAAAAAAAACUCAACUUUUCAGAGUUGAGCAUUAAGUUUUUUUGAUCGUAUUGUCUCAUUUUCUCCUUGUACUGUCGUCGAGUGAGAGAGUUUGGAGAGAAAUGAAAGAAAGAUAUGAAAAUUGCGACCAAUUCAACGCAUAUUACCUUUUUCCAUACACAUACACAUACAUACGUAUCUGGUAGUAUAUGCACACUUGACUUAUUCAGAACGCCUUGAAAAACGGGCCCAACCACAAUUUAGCUUCAAGGUGGUGGAUGCCUUGAUUUUCAAAUUGAUAGAUGGUUUUCAUAAAUAUCGCUGCCGUCAAUUCGGAGUAAUCAAAUUUAAUUAAAGCCAAUUGCAUGUAAGACGGCAAACGAAAAACCGGCAAAACGAAACUUGCAAAUCAAAUGAAAGCACAUGCACACACAUACCACAACUGCACAUGGAAAAAUGAAUCAAGUUAAAAAUGAUAACUAACUAAUCGGUAUUUCCCCAAUUGUUUGUGAGAAACUUGAGAAUUUUAAAUAAGCCAAUUUGGAAUAGUUCGUUUGCGGCGCAUUUGCCUUGUCGAAUAUACCCGAUUGUAUUGUGAUUAUUAUUUCUUUCUUUUUUUCGUACAAUUUUGAUUCAAUUGUCAUGGUGGAGAAAUGUGCACUCGACUGUGUUAGUGAGUUUGUGAUGCAAUCGCGAAAAAAACCAUCAUCAUCAUCAGCAGCAGCAGUAGCAGCAGCCGAAGCAAUGAGCCAAAUGUUAAUUCACAGUGAACCUACCUCUGUGUGAACAACGGACUCCCUUCAAUCUAACCAUACGUAGAGUGUUCGACACUCACUUAUGGGAGAUAAUUCUCACUUGAAGCACACAAACACCGCGUGGCAUAUGUAUGAAAUUGAUGAAAAUGGCCACAUAGCGAGGGAUUUAUCCCAGAGAAUCGUUUGUUUAAUGCUUUUUCUCGCCAUUGGUGGGUUAUUUUCCUCCAACCUCCUUCUGCUUGCUCUCAAUAUAUUAUUUGCAGUGAAUGGUGUGUGUAAUUACCAGUUUUUUUUUUCUUCGCUUUCGUUUCUGAUGUUGUUGAUAAAACACAAAUGAAUCCGUAUUGCAAUAUUAUGAAAUAGAAUGGACGAUCGACCACGAAAUGUGAUAUUGAGCACUAAAUAUAGAAUUUAUUAUGCUAUAUUUUGGUUUGUUGUGUUGAAAUGUUCGUGUUGUUGAACGUCGAACUUGUACUUUGGUUUUCUUUUUCUUUUUUCAUUUCGGAGAUUUUCAUUUUCAAAAUCAUGUGUGCGAUUUGUAUUCCCAUUUUAUGUUGAUAGCAAUCUAAAGCGGGCAAAGCAAAUGAUGCGCUCUCGCCUUAUCCAAAUGGAACACUGUUAUUGCCACUGCCAUACAAUGCACUGGUGGUGGAUUUGUGCUGAAUUUGUCGGUCAUGCAAAUACUACAAAAUUCAUACAUCAAUCUCUGUCCAUAUGACUAUUUCUGCCAUAAACUGAAUUGCUCUACUUUGCACUUAUCAGUUUCCAUCUUACGAAAAACUAUUAAGGAUGACGUAUAAGGACGUGGCCAUAAAAACUAAUGUUCGCGAAGAGAAUUAGAGCGGGAGAAUGAGAGAGUGAAAAAGAAUUAAGGCGAAACAACGAGAAUCAACUAAGUAUCUUAGCUGUUGAAAACAGAUGCAGAAACUCGACGUAAAUUUAGUUCAUGUAUGAAGCCUGUACUUUGCUCAUAUGAUACUGUAUAAAAACCCGCCCAAAACAACAGCAGCAGCAGCAAUGGCUGUGGCGGCGGCUACAACAACGGCAGCGACAGCAGCAGCAGCAGCAGCAGCAAAAAAAAUCAGGCUACAAUUUUUUAACACAGUUUAGAAUGAGUUUAAAUAUUUGAAAUGUCAUACAGGUCGGAACGAUUUCAUAUCGAUUAAAUCUUGAAGCGUUGAGGGACAGGCGCAGAUACAGUCGACGGCAACAACAAACAUAAAUGAUGACGACAACGACGAUGAUGAUGAAAAAAAUCGCAUAUAAAAGUUACAUGAUGCGGGCGUUUGUGUGUGAUUUGAUUAACAAUUAAAGUGAUUCCCAUUCCCCCGAAGCGUUCCGAAUCAUGGAUAAUAAUAAUAUUUAUUAGAUUAAAUUUCGAGAGAAAUCUGGGUGUCUAAUUUUGUUUUUAAAAGAUAGCAACGGAACGAAACGAUCGAAUGAAUGGGAAGUGAGCAAAAAACACAACAACACACAGAAUUCCGACCGCGUCGAUAGAUUAUUGUGUUUGACGUUUCAUCGAAAAAUGAAUUUAUCAUAAAUGCGCGCGGCAUUAGUGUGAGCAACGAGCACAAUGUAAUAGAGGCAACGGGCGCGUACAGUACACACCGUGCACACACACACGUUUCAUUGUGCUAUGAUUGAACCCCCGUUUUCAUUGCCAACAAUAGCAUUAUUGAUUCAAAUGCCAAACCGAAGUCGAAUCGCUAAAUUAAAAGAAAAUGUUACGUUUUGCAUGCUCAGUGCGAAUGUUGACUGGUUUAAUGAACAUUACCAAAAUACCGAUGAGCGAGGGAAAAAAAAUUAACAGAAACACACCGAAGCGAAAGAGAAAGAGGCCGAGAGGGAGACCGAGGAAAAAACGUGCGCAGCAUUCGCGUCGAAUUGAUUCAAUAAAAUUUGAAAACAAUAUUCGUUCAAUUGGCACUCAUAAAUUUCCUUUUGAUCAUUAUAAGUAUGGAUUUUUUUUGUUUAACUUCGUUUUCUUCUUCUUUUGCUCAUGUUUUGUUGUUCAUCGUCGUCGUCGUCAUCGUCGUUGUCGUUGUCGUCGAGCCCCCAUGUGCGCUUGCUACUCUUAAUAUUAGAAUGAAAUUUUCAAAGUGCGUCGACUAUCGUGAAUGGAAUGGAUUGUAUUAUAAGUUCGUUGCUAAUGCUUUGUGUAUCGAGCACUCACAGCUUCUUCUCGAAAUAUUUACCAGCGCACGGGCUUGACAGUUACAGUACGUUCGUGACUAUUUGGUUUGAUAUUUGCUAAUGAAAUAGUCACGGUUUCCUAUGAAACAUACAUAUAUACGAACAAUGCAGAGAGCUGACGCGCUCUUAUUCCAAAUGCUUCAGCGUUCCGCACCUCGUACAUUGCUUGCUCUCGCACAUUCAUGGGCUUCAAAGAAGAAGCGAAACGAAAAAAAACAGCAGCAGCAACACAAAACCGGGGCCACGGUGAGUAAAACACCAUACCAAAUCACUACUGCAGGCUUUGACACACAAUCAACGUGCAUAUUGUUUUGAUUAGUGUUUCGUUGCUUCAUAUUUUUAUAACUUUUUCCCCGAUUUUAUUUUACUUCGUUAUAUUUUUUCCUUACUAAGUUUUCUUGGCAUAGCCGCCGCUUAUUAUGAGCACACCAUUCCGUUCCAAAUAUUGGCUGGCCGAUUGUGUCGACAUACAAGACGACGAAGGAAAAAAAAGUUUGAAAUAAUGUAUAAUUUCUACGAACAACCGUUUAAAAUAGAAUUGAAUUGUUUAAAUUACUCGAAAUCGGAAUUUAUAUUUUUCGUCGACGUUUCUGUGAAAUUCAGUAGAGUAAAAAAAAGGCCCUGAUUCAAUAUGAAAACACACAGAAAGGGAGCGAUAGAGAGAGAGAGAGAGAGAGAGAAAAAAAUAAAAGCAUUCCGUUUUUUUUUUUAAUGAAAUUGACUUCAUAGACCUUAUGCGAAUACGCUUCAGUGUUUCUGAAAAGUUUCGUGAGCGAUUUGUCACACAUGAUUCAAUGCAAUCUGUUUUUUUCUUUCUCAUUCUCGUUUUGUAGUUUUUUCUUUCCCUUUUGCGUUGCUCAUGGCGUUUGUGUUCAUGUUUCACUCUUACGAACAACAACACAUAACACUUACAGAGAGCUCUCGUACGCGAAUCGUGGUUAUAUGACUUAGUUUGCUGGUAUGACCUUCAGUAUAUGUACAUUUGAAAACUAAUAAGAAGAAGAAGAAGAAGAAGAAGAAGAAGAAGAAGAAGGAAAAACAGAGCGAUAAACACAAGUAAUGAGAUGAUGGUGUGAUGGCACCAUUUAAACCUGACAACAAGGAGAAAAUGUGCAGUGUCAAGAAACCACCUUCGACUUUGAUGAGCUUCAUUCAGACCGACUGAUUGAAUCAAUAAAUGAAUAUACACUCAUACAGACAGACACACACACACACAUCGUCGAAACGCGCGCGUUCAACACUCCAAAAUUAUACAAUAGAUUCCAUUGAUUUCAAGGAUUUCAUACAUCGCACAUAUAAAAUACGUUCAACGUUCAUGGCAAAUACAGUAGUACACACAAUGUGCGCAAUUUGAUAAAUGCCAAAUGCUCGAAAAUUAUAUCAAAUGACGCCUUUCGAUACAUACAUAUGUAUAUAUAUAUGUUGCCAAGGAGGGUGGCAACACUACUACGAACAUUAAUUCUAUCUGCCGUUGCAUUCAACCGUUGAAUCGAAAUUAAAUAUAUUUUCGGUGAAUUGAACAAUUUAUGUGUGCCCGUUCGACAUGCAAACAAAAAAAAAGCAAUUAGCUCAUUUUUGGGGUAUAAAUAUUUGCUUGGAUCAUAUUUCAGGCGAAUGUUAAUUAGUCAACACUAUUUGUCAGCAGUAUUUUUCUCACUCUCUCUCUCUCUCGCUCAUUUUUUGUUUUGUUCGCGUUGGGUUUUUUCUCUUGAAAAUGUUUCGUUUACCUUUCGAUUGAAAAGCAUUAAAUUCCGUCGAUAUUUCAAUAUUAUAUAGCAUGGUCCACUUGAUGGAAAUAAAGGAGGCGUAGAUACCAAUAAAAAUUACCUGCAGAGAAGAAAUAAAAAAAAACCAACAACCAAGAAAAAACUAACAACAACAGCAGCAGCAACGCUAACAAAAUCGGUUAUGCCAUGGAUUUUUAGCCUCGAAAAAGUUCAACAAAGACACUUCAACUAUCUUUUUUUAUUAUUAUUAUUUUCAAAAUCAAAUAUCACCAACAACCUUUCGACUGAACAAACACGUUUCACUUUCUUGCUCUUUCUAUAGCUCGGGCAUGUUUGUCGACCGGGAGAGACAACGGCAUAUUGUCCAUUGCUUAACGACAUACACACACUGAUUUACAAGGGUGAAGAAUGCAUCUCAUGUUGAAAAUUUGAAGAAUAAGACGAGAGAAAAAAAAUCGACCCGUCGAAGAAAAGAGACUUUCGUUUUACAACUGUUAUAAAUCAUGACAAACAGCUUUGUAUGAAAUGAAGCACCGUGCACCAUGGCUUCGAAAAUCUUCUCUGUCUCUUUCUCUCUGGCUCGCUAUGUCUCUAUCUCUCGUCAACUCAUGCAAAACUUUAUGUAUAUACGGUGGAAAAAUCUUCAUCGUCAACCAUCCAACCAUCAUCAUUCAGUUGAAAUGAUAUUGUGUGCCUUUAUUUGGAAAUUAAAAUGAGAGUGCGUAUAACUUUUCCCUGGAAUCGUUUGAGUAUUUCGAUGCGGCGAUGGCGAUGUUAAUGAUGAUGAUUUUUGUUAGAGACAUCAAUUGUCCCCACUCUCUUUGGUGGUGUCUCGAUAGAUGAAAAAUAAGAGACUCUAGUCGUAAAAAAAAACUUCAGAGUUCGAUUAUGUGCUUUUGUUCCGUUGUUGUUGUUGUUAUUAUUAUUAUACACUCUACCUUUUGCUGUGUACAGCACACCAAUUACAUAUGAACGAAAUGAACAAAAACCCAUCGCUAUCGAAUUUUAUCGUCGAUUGAAAAUAUCUAGUUUGAAAAACGAGAGAAAAAAACCAAUUUCUCGUUAUUUACGCUCGAGUUCGUUGAAAAUGAAGCGAGACGUAACAAAAUGUUUGUCUCUGUGAGUGUGAGUAGAGGAAACGCAGUUGUUGCUCAUGGAUGACAUUUGAUUUUUCGUGUUCACGUGUCCCUUCAAAGCCGUACCGAGGCCUCAUGAAAACUAAAUUAAAAUUAAAAUCUUGAUUUAAAUUUAUUUUUUGGUUUUUUCUUCCUCUAUUUUCCUCGUCUUUCAUUUUCUUCAGUUUUGAGUGUUGAACGCGAUUUGUACGCGCUUGUUAUACACAAAAGCGACCCGACACCAAGAGAGAGAAAGAGAGACCAAGUCGGCUAAAAACACAUGUUGUGCAGAGAGCAGUCCGAUCGACCCGAAGUUUUCGAUUUCACUUUCAUGUUUGGAUGUCGAACAUUAAUGACUCUUCCAUGAAAUGUACAUACACGAACCGAAUGAGGGAAAAAAAAAUAGGAAAUGACUUCUAGCAAAUUAUAAUCUAAUAUAAUAAUAAUCACAGGCUAGAAAAUUUCAUGUGCGUCGCUUGAACAAUGUUGCCGUCGCCGUCGCUGCUGCUGCUGCUUCUGCUGCUUCUGCGGCUGAUUGCUUGACGAACAAACGAAAGAAACCUAUGAAAAUAGGUUCAUAGAUAAAGGAAAGGGUGGCCCCGAUCCAAACAACACAAGACCUUUUUUUACGGGCAAACAGACAGUAUGUGAUUCCUGAAAGCAUAUAGAAUUCACGUAAUAAAAAUAAAGAAAUAUAUGCCUUUCUAUGGAAACACAAUGAAAAAAAAAAAACUAAGUCGACAAAAGAAAGAAGAAAACACUUUUUAUUCCGAUUUGACGAAAAUGACAACGAAGUAGCAACUACGAAAAAUAAAACCAAGAGUGUAUAGUUUGAUAGUUCGUGCACGCAUCCAUAUUUUGGCACUGGAGCGACAAUAAAAAAAAAACUCCAACAAUAUGGUAGCAUUGUUUAGAGUCUCACUAAAUGAUGUACACAAUCGUGCGCAACGAACAGAAAAAAAUUUCUUUUACAUUUUAAUUUUAUUUCAUUUCAUUUAUUUUUGUUGUUGUUACUGUUGCUGUUGCUUUUGCUGUUGUUGUAAUUCAUUUCAAUGUUUUAUUUGUAUUUCAUUUGGAUUCGGAAAAUACGCAGGAAUAUGAAAGAAAAGUGAAGCAUGCGGACACAUAUUAACGAAGUAUUCCGCGGAAACGGCGACGGCAUUCUCAAAAAGUACAAAAUAUAUUUUUUUUCACCAGCCAGUAUAUUACACACGGGCAAGCAGCAGCAGCAGCAGCAGCAGCAAUAGCAGCAACAGCAAUAAAAAUAGAGUAGUGCAGCUCAGUCACAAAGAGCAGCGCACAAAAGUAAUAUUUAGAAGCAGUAGUAGUUAAGUGGCAAUAUGUUACGGCCGAGAAACCAUUUUGAACACAUUGUUUCACAUAUUCACUGUGCGUUGCCGUGUAUUGCUAUUUCAAAUUUGUUGUUAUAUCUAGUGCUUUUUUUUCUACUUCUUUAAUUUAAAUGCUCUGUCGAUUAAGCGUUUUUUUUCGGGUUGUUGCUGUUUUAUUUCGUUUGUCGAAAAUUAUGUAUGUAGGCCGACACUUAUGUGUACUACAUAUGCAUGUGAACAACUCAAAAUGCGAACGAAAAGCAGCAAGAAAGCAAAAAAAAGCGAAGAAAAAAAAGAAAACUUAUUUGUUUAGGCAUGGCACUGAACGAUCAGCAUAUAUUUAUACUCGUAUAUACAUCUAUGUAUGUGCAAUAUACGCGCGUUUACUCUGGACAAUUGCUUGCUUAUUGGCUCGACUUGGCCUGGCUUGGUUUUGGCGUCGAAUUACCGAAACGAGCAGAAAAACAACACACAUUCAAAUCAAGGGUGUUUGUCUUUUUUUCGGUCUAAAUUAUUAUUUAUUUUCAACAUAUUUUUGUUUUCUUCUUCUGACGAAGACGAAGAGAAAGAAAAAAAAUGAAACACAUUUUUAUGAUUUCUCGUUGAAUGAAAACAUAUGCAUAACUGAGCAAAUACAUGGAAUUGGACGUUUAUGUUUUUUUUCUCAUUCUCUUUCUCUCUCUGCUGUUUCGUCUGCUUCUUCGCUCAAAUAGUCAAGAGACGUCAUUGCAAAUGGUGACAUUAUUGAGAGAGUUUACAUAAAUGGUCCGUCUUGUAAAUGGGCAUACACACAUUGUAUGUGGCAACCGAAAAACCAGACGCGCACAUCAAAUAUUCAAGUAAAUCAAAAACGUCGCCAGAAAGUACUAGCACUGGUACAUUUGUGUCGAACAUAUCAUCGCAAUAUCUUUGCUUUGAUGAUAACCGCAGAAAUUGUUUGUGCGUGUGUCUGUGCAUGGGAAAUCCAACGAAAUAAAAGCCCAAAGUUGAGAGUCACAUGAUUGAAAUUCAAACUGACUGUUGACGGUAAUUUAUGGAUUUCAUAUCGAUGCCUCAUUUCGGCAAUAAUCACUUCACAGUAGAAAAAAAAAAAACACUCGAACACAGUUUCAGCCAUAAAUUGGGUGUUAGUCAAGUUGAUAUAGAAAGAGAACUGUAAUUAACUAUUUCGGUCGUUUUUCACUUUUUCCAUUAGCAGUUUAUCUCAAGUUGCUGCUGCUGCUUAAAUCCACCGGAUUCGAAUGCAAUUCAAUGAAGCUACAAACUAUUAAUUCGCAUUGAAUCUUCUUGGCAUUAGAAAAAAUGUCUUUGGCCAUCCAUUUUGGGAUUCGUGGAUCGAUAAACACAAUCAUCAAGCAUUACUGUCUACAUCAAGAGAUUCAAAAUCGGCAAUUAUAUGAAUAUAAUAGAACGGGCAUUUAUUCAGAAUUUGAGUUUUCGAUUACAACAAAAUUGCUCCAAUUUUGAUCUCGGAAUUUUCGUUCGAUUGCCAACUUGAAAAUAAAUUCAUUUUUACUAGCGUUCGAUGGCAAUUCAACCAAAACCUAGCUAAUUUUGGAGAGAGACAUUAUUAUUAUAGCAGAGGGUUUGUAGAUUGAAACACAAGCACACUAGCGCCGCAGUUUGUCCUACAAUAUCAUAUACGGCAAGCUACAGAACUAUUCAUUCAGUAUAUAUCAUGUAGCUCAACUGUCAAUCUGUAAUCCCCCUGUAUUAUAGGUAAAGAUUUAAACGUAGAAUAUUAGGUAAAUUAUUUUUAAAAAUGAUAAUUGUGUAUGGUCAUUAUAUUUAAUGAUGUCAAUCGACUGAGACGAUUCUACGUAGUGCACUUUACCCAUCAUCGUUUUUGCAUUUACAUCUGCACAAUUUUUUAAUGAAAAUGUGAAUUAAUUCAAGUUUAUGCACAUUGAUAUGUCCUAAAAAUAACAGAUAAUAUUGUCUGUCCCGUAAGCCAACCGCCUAUGAAUUUGCCAUUAGCAUCAACUCCGUUUGCCACAAGUAUUUACAACAUUUUUAAUUUAUGCGUUUUAUUUUCUAUAAACAUAGCUUCGAGGUAUCCAAAUUCUGUUAAGGCACUUUGUACCUAUUAUUAUGUUUAGACUUUCGAUGAGUGACUAAUAGUCACUGACUAUGCUCUCAGCACGCCAUCGAAAAAACAAGUGAAUUCAAUAAAAGUUAUCGACAUCGAUUUAGAAGCAAAGUUUUGAUAUUAUACUAUGAAUUUAAUCAUCACCAGCCAAUAAAGCAUCCAGGUCACAUCGAUGGAAUGGCUUUUCCUUCUUCAAAAGCAAAAAUACAAAAUAAUUCCAUAGAAUGAUCGUCUUUUGUGCAUUUCAAACGAAUUGAACUUUCAACAUUUCUAUGGGUGAGAUUGAGAGUAGUGCAUGUUUUUUGACGACUUCUAUUUUCAUAAAGUAAAGUUAUGUUUGACUCGUGUCUUUGACCAUUUCGACUCUUCUUCUUUUAUAAAAUAUUUGGAUUUGUCAAAUUGUAAAACUUUGCAAAAGACAAUAGACCUAUAUUUGUUGAAAUAAACAAAUUAUUUUCAGAUUUGCCUACCGCUUGGAAACAUACUCUUCUUUUUUCCAAUAUAAAAUCGGUGGAAACAUUUACUCCCAUACACUCACAACAUACACUCUCGAUCUCACCCAUAAAUAUACUGAAAAAAUAUGCACAGGUUAAUAUAUUCAGUCAUAAAAUUUAUACGAAUAUCGAUUUUGUUAUCAACACUUGAACGAUUGGAAAAUAACCUAAAGAUUCUUAAUAUUCAAAUUUUCUAAACUACUUCAAUGAAAAACAAGAGAAAAUCAGACCGUAAAAAUGCGAAUUUCGAUAGUUUUGAGCCCAAUUGUAAUGACUCGACCUUGCCUCAGUAUCGAAUCACCUUAAAAAUCAGCUACACAUAUCUAAGUUGGUUGUCAUUUUUUUUUGUCACAUUAAUUUAUUUUCAGCGCAUUUAAACUUUCUUCUGAAAAAAAACAGCAACCUUUUUUACAAUUUCUCAUUUAAUGAAAACAUAUCCAGUUUUGCAAAUGGGUAUGAAUAUGUGUGGCAACCGAGAAAAAAAAACCAGAUGCGCACACUAAAUAUUCAAGUAAAUCAAAAAUAUAGCCAGAAAGUAUUCGCACUGGUACAUUUAUGUCAACCAUAUUACGGAAUAUCUUCACAUUACUUUGAUGAUGACCGCCACGAUGUUCGUGCUUAUGUGCACAUAAAUGUGCCGACGCAACGAAAUAAGAACUGAGCAAGUCGGGGAGUCACAUGAUUGAAAUUCAAAACUGGUGAUUGACGAUAAUUCAUGGAUAUCACAACGAUAGCUUAUUUCGGCAAUAUAAUCAGUUUGACAGGAAACGGUCUGUGCUGCUUCGCAUCAAAUUUGAAUUUAAAAAAAAGUUCGAUCUGCGUCAUAGAUAUAGGGAGAAACUGCAAUUAACCAUUACAGUUCUUGGUUAUUUUUUAUUGUAUUCACUAUGUGCGUUCAAAGUAAUUUAAACAACAAUUCAAUCGAUUCGUUCGAACUCGUAAGCUGCGACAUAUUAUUCCAAAAAGGGGGCUUAAAGUGUAUGUCGAACUAUUAAAUUGCAAUGGAUUUUCCCCGAAUGAGCAUUUUGUUGCACAUUCGUCCUAAUCAGGAAAAUACCAAAUCAAACGGUGACUUUGUGUUCAGGCGAUAAACACAGUCGGCAGCUCAGCAUUAUCGUUCAUAUUCAGAGAUUAUAGCAUUAAGCACGGAUCCUCUCUGGUUUUUGUUCGUUCGCCCGACUUUUUCGUUCCCUUCUUCUCCUUUUUACUUCAUUUUGCUUGGCUGUGCUGCUGGUGUGUUUGCUACUUUCUGCUGAACAAAGAGCAACGAUCGAACGUACAACUAUUCAUCUUGCUAUGCUCGGGCUCAGAUUCCGUUCGUUGAUGUGAGCCCGUCCUGUAUUUAUGAGUGCUAUUUUUUAUAUUUGUAAUCCCCCAAUGAACUUUGUUGUCGAAUCUGAUUUUUGAAAGAAGAGAGUAACAGAAAAAAAAGAACGAGCAACGAAGAAACGAUGCGAUGUGAUGUGAACAGAAGAGACGAUAAAAAUGACGAAUAUGAUAAUUACUGAUAUAAUAUGAUUCUGUCCUUGUCAAUGUGUCAUCGGUUAAUGGUUUUAAAACGUAAAUCUCAUUCUCAUUCUCAUUCUCAUUCUCUCUCUCUCUCAUCAGCGCAACGCACUCACACUCUGUGUGUGUGUUUCGAUCAAAUGCCGUGUAGAUAAGUUAAGGCUGCUGUGUGCCAACGACUUUGUUCACGGCAUCCACGACAUUCACGACACACACUAAACCGCAUCUCUACAUCGGUUUUUCACGUAAUGUACAUGCAAAAAUGAAAUUUAACCAUCGAAUUCAUUGAAAUGAAUAGAAACCCAAAAAUGUGAACGAAACGAAACGAAAGAAGAAGAAGAAAAAACAAUUCGGUUAAACUGAACGCUUGAAUCACAAGGAGUUUUCAAUACGGAAACGUUUAUUUUCAUAUUAGGUAGAGAUUUUGUUGAUGAUUGCUUCGUUUUAUUUUCUGUUGUUGGCGUUUUCCGCCCGAAACAUUUAGAUUCUUCGCACUUAAUAGGUCUAAUGUAAAAUAAAAAUAGAUGCGAAGUAAUUUACAAAACAAAAUGAAAUAUAGAGAAUGAGAGCGAGCGAGAGCGAGAGAGAGAGAGAGACGGAAAAACACAUUCAUGUAUUUUAUCUUGGCCAUCUCUAACGAAUCAUCCGAAUUACCGGCAAUAGUCAGUCAGUAAUCGACUGAACAUCAAUAAAAAUGGACAAGAGAGACGCACAAA